AUGGACUUGAAACGAUGGAAAAAAGAAGCUUAUCUGCAUGUGAACCCUAAACCCUUUGAAAAAGUUCCUGUUCAUCCUUCGGUGGUGAUCUUUAAUGAAAGGGUUUCUCAGGCCAAGGAAGCCCUCAGGAACUCAAUCAUACCCUGGAAGCAUAUGGUGAAGAUUGAGGACCUGAGGGGUAAGGUUCUUACCGGAAAUAACGUUAUCGUUGAAAACUGGCCGUUGGACAACUGUGACAAUAAGAGUUUCAUGAAGCGAGCUAAUUUUGUGAAGGUUGAGGCAAACUUGUCUCAACUUAAGUUUAAAUUGCCUCGUCAUUACGACAGGGAACUUGAUAUGGACAUUGACAGUUCCUAA